GAAGUGUGGAGAUGCGGAAGAGGGAGCUGCAGAUCUGUUACAGGGAGACUGAGCCCCGCUCCCACUGAGACACACAAACACAAAACACUUUCAGACCCGCGGGACCGGAGACAGACAGCUAUUCAACCUCGGGCAGUUUACCGUUUAACAGAAGACUCAAGAUGGAGUUCUUAUUUGGACGGAGAAAAACUCCGGAGGAGAUGCUGAGACAGAACCAGAGAGCACUGAACAGAGCCAUGAGAGAUCUAGACAGAGAGCGACAGAGGCUGGAACAACAGGAGAAGAAAAUCAUAGCUGACAUUAAGAAAAUGGCCAAACAAGGGCAAAUGGAUGCAGUCAAGAUCAUGGCCAAGGACUUGGUUCGCACCAGACGAUAUGUUAAAAAGUUCAUCAUGAUGAGAGCCAAUAUCCAGGCAGUUAGUCUCAAAAUUCAGACCCUUAAGUCAAACAACAGCAUGGCACAGGCAAUGAAAGGAGUCACCAAAGCCAUGGCCACAAUGAACAGACAGUUGAAGUUACCACAGAUUCAGAAGAUCAUGAUGGAGUUUGAGCGCCAAAGUGAAAUAAUGGACAUGAAGGAGGAGAUGAUGAAUGACGCAAUUGAUGAUGCAAUGGGAGAUGAGGAUGAUGAAGAGGAAAGUGAUGCUGUGGUCUCUCAGGUGCUGGAUGAGUUGGGUUUGAAUCUUUCAGAUGAACUGUCAGGUCUGCCUUCUACUGGGGGAAGUCUUUCAGUACCCGCUGGGAAGAAAGCAGAACCACAGCCAACUCUGGCAGAUGCAGACGCUGACCUGGAGGAAAGACUGAACAACCUCAGAAGAGACUGAGGGACAGAAGACUUUCAGUUAACAGGAAGAAGUGAAUAAACCCUUAUAACACCUUAAUGAAAAGUUGAGUGAUUAAAGCAGUGGAUAAUGGAACACUGCAGAAUUGGAUCGCAGUGACAUUUCGUGGCACAAGGCACACUUGUGUCAAAGUUUCUUUUGCGUAUUUCUUUCUUUUUUUUUUCUACUUGAUAUGUGCCGUAUGUUAUUCUACCAAACAAACGCUCCAAUCAAAGAUGUGGUCUCUCGCAUGUUUUCCAGAGCAUUCAUGCCAUGCAGAUCAUUUUAAAAUAGGGAAGUUUUGCUUGGAAAAAUACUGAAGCACCACAGGAACCUUGUUUGAUACUGCUGAGAGGAAAACACUAAGUAGUUUAUUAUUAUAAAGAAGGCGUACAGGCUGUUAUCCAUUUAGUCCAAAUGUUGAUUGUAAACAGAUUUUUAUACAAGUAGUGCAAAGCAUUACUACAACUUUACAUGUCUCAUUAGUAUAGUUGUGGUUGUAUUUCAGAAAUGUAAAUCUUUCAAGCGCAGUGGUUUAUAUAUUUUAUCAGAAAACUUUUUCUGGUACCACAUCAGAUCAGGAAACUCUUUGCCUAAACUUUACUGAAUUGUUCUUUACUUGCCCUACAACCAAUGGGUUGUCAGAUUUUGCUUAACUAAAAUCAAUCAUUCUCCACUAGUUUCUCCCGUUUAAAGAAGAAAUUUAUUUGUGGUGAAAGGGUUUAAACAAACAAAUGUAUGAUUACUGGUGUAUUAUAGUAAAGUAUUUAUCUAAAAGAAAAAUUAAACUGGGAUGUUGUAUUUUGCCUUGUUUUUUUCUCAAUAAACAUUUUUCACACUGA